CUUACCUUACCUAACACACGAGCUCCACAUAUGCUGUGGGAGAGGACAGGCGACACUGUCAAGGUCUCGAUUGGAAUAUAAGCAUCUUUUCCAGGUUCAUCUCAAGUUCAGUCUUGAGACGUUUAGGAGAAAGGUCUUUUGCAUGGUGAGAACUGCUGCAGGGACAACAGCAUGGAGAGCGAAGUGACACAGAUCUCCAGAGAAGAUCUGGAAGACCUGAGAGAGGCUUUCAACAAAAUCGAUAUUGAUAACAGUGGCUACGUAAGCGAUUUUGAACUUCAAGAGCUCUUUCGAGAGGCCAGCUUUCACAUUCCAGGAUACAAGGUACGGGAGAUUGUGGAGAAGUUUAUGGCAGGUGACACCAACAAAGACGAGAAGAUCAGUUUUGAAGAGUUUGUUGCGAUAUACCAAGAGAUGAGAAGCAAAGAGGUGAGAGAAACUUUCCGCAAGUGCAUCUCCAGGCGGGAUGGGAUUCGUUCGUUUGGAGGAACAUCUAAGAUCUCAAGUGAAGGAACUCAGCAUUCUUACUCAGAUGAAGAAAAAGUGGCCUUUGUGAACUGGAUCAAUAAGACCUUGGCAGAUGAUCCUGACUGCAAGCAUCUGAUCCCGAUGGACCCGGGGACUGACAGCUUAUUCAAAUCCGUGAAAGAUGGAAUAUUGCUGUGCAAAAUGAUCAACCUCUCGCAGCCGGACACCAUUGACGAGCGGGUCAUCAACACGAAGAAAUGCACUCCAUUCACAAUGACUGAGAAUUUGGUGUUGGCUCUCAACUCUGCGUCGGCUAUUGGCUGCACGGUGGUCAACAUCGACGCCCAGGACAUGAAAGCAGGAACUCCUCACCUCGUGCUUGGCCUCCUCUGGCAAAUCAUAAAAAUCGGCCUCUUUGCUGACAUUGAAAUCUCACGCAAUGAAGCUCUAAUUGCUUUGCUGGAUGAGUCAGAGGACCUGGACCACCUGAUGUCUAUGUCCCCCGAGGACCUUUUGCUACGAUGGGUCAACUAUCACCUCAAAGCUGCUGGCUGGGAACCAAUCAGAAACUUCAGUGACGAUAUUAAGGACUCCAGGGCAUAUUUCCACCUGCUUAAUCAGAUCUCGCCUAAAGGAGACGGGGAUGACGAGAUGAGGAUUGACAUUGACAUGUCUGGUUUCAAUGAGCGUGAUGAUGAAAGGCGAGCAGAGCUGAUGCUGAAGCAGGCAGAACGUCUGGAUUGCAGACAGUUUGUCACGCCCAAGGAUGUGGUGGCAGGAAACCAUAAGCUCAACAUGGCCUUUGUAGCCAAUCUUUUCAAUAUGUACCCGGCCUUGAACCAACCCCCCAGUAAUGGCAUUGAUUAUACAAUUGAGGGGGAAACGCGAGAGGACAGGACAUUCAGAAACUGGAUGAAUUCUCUGGGAGUGACUCCACAUGUCAAUCACCUGUACAGUGAUCUGCACGAUGGUCUCAUCAUUCUUCAGCUGUAUGAGAGAAUCCAGGUUCCUGUUAACUGGACUAGAGUCAAUAAACCUCCCUAUCCAAUACUGGGGUCCAACAUGAAGAAGCUUGAGAAUUGUAAUUAUGCGGUCACACUGGGCAAAAAGGAAGCAAAGUUUUCCUUAGUAGGAAUCGGUGGUGAGAAUAUCAAUGAAGGAAGCUCCAUGCACACCCUUGCAUUGGUCUGGCAGCUAAUGAGGAGGUACACACUGAAGGUUCUGUCUGACAUCGGUGAUGGGGAAAAAGUCAGUGACCAAGUUAUUAUCGACUGGGUGAACAACACUUUGAAACAAGGCCAGAAAGACUCGUAUAUUAACAGCUUCAAGGAUAAAUCAAUCAGUACCAGCCUGCCAGUGAUUGAUCUGAUCGACACCAUCAUGCCCAAAGCCAUCAAAUACGAGAUGGUGAAGACCGGAGAGCUGACGCCAGAGGACAAGCUAAACAAUGCAAAAUAUGCAAUCUCAGUGGCGCGAAAAAUCGGAGUCAGGGUGUACGCCCUGCCUGAUGACCUUGUGGAGGUCAACCCCAAGAUGGUGAUGACGGUGUUUGCAUGCCUUAUGGGAAGAAGCUUGAAGAAAGAACAGUUCACCCAAAAAUGAAAAAGUGCAUCACAUCACUUGCUCACCAAUGGAUCCUCUGCAGUGAAUGGGUGCCAUCAGAAUGAGAGUCCAAACAGCUGAUGAAAACACCACAACAAUCUACAAGUAAUCCACACGACUCCAUUAAUGUCUUGUGAAGUGAAACGCUGCAUGUUUGUAAGAAACAAAUCCAUUAUUAAGAUGUUUUUAACUUUAAUCUGUCACUUCUGGCCAAAAUGCAUGUCCAUAAUCCUUAAUAAUGCUGUGAAAAAGUGACAAAGUCCAUCUCCUCUUGUCCUCUCACAUCAAAAUCCACUGACAGAUUUAUGUAACUGUUUUUGCUCGUAAACAGAUCUGUGCAUAUUUCUCUCCCAAUUCAGACAAGAUAUAUUUUUUACUGAAGAAAGCAAUAUUAGAAAUUGAGAUCCUAUAUGUAGCCGGAAGCAAUGGUUUCAAGUUUAAAAUGUCUUGAUCAGUGUUGGGCACGUUAUUUUAAAAAAGUAAUUAGUUAUAGUUACUAGUUACUUCUCACAAAUAGUAACUGAGUAAGUAACUCAGUUACAUCAUUAUAAAAGUAACUAAUUACCAGGGAAAGUAACUAUUGCGUUACUUUAAAAAAAAAAAAAAUCAAAUAUGUCAAAUAACUUGGAUGCCCCCAAUAUUAAAUAUGUUAAAUGAAGGAAAUGGACACUAAAUAGAAUAAAUUAUUAUUAUAAUACAUUGUACACUAAUCUACACUAUUUUAAUGUUACUGUGGGACAAUGUGAGAGACACCUAUCAAAUUCAAUAUAUUAUUGUAAAUAUUAUCAACCCUCUAUGGGCACCUUGGCAAUAGAAUUGCCAUUGGCUAGUAAAUUUUGUACCAUUGGCUAGUUUACUCACCAGACUAAUAUUAAUUAUCUGACAUACUAUUUUAUAUCAUAUACAGUGUGUGUGUGUGUAUACAUAUAUAUAUAUAGGCCUAUAUAUAUCUUAUGUUUGAAAAAUGGCACAGUUUUUUUAAAGUAUCUGACACUUAGCAUCAGUCAGUCAAGCAUUAUAAUAUGAUAUUAUAAUAAUUUAGCAUUGUAUGAUAGAACUUUAGUAAUUAGAAUAACCAUGUAUGAAUGCAUUUUUGUCAUGUUGACUGAACUUAGGACUGG